UCCAUCUCUUCAUACAAAGAGAAAAAAAAGGGUUUUCAACUUUCAAACCUUAAAAGCUCCGAAGAAUAUAAUGUAUCAAGAAAAUCUCUCAAACUCCGAUCUUUUCCUUCUUGAAUCCAUAAGCCAACAUCUCCUCAACGAUUCCGACUUCUCCGAUGUACUUUUUAGAAUGAAUCCUCACUCUGAUGAAUUCGAAAUAAUUGAGGAAAAUUCACAGUCGGUGGUGGAGGGCUCCGGGCAUGCGGCGGCGGACGACGGGCGUGGGGACUGGAGGAGGUACCGGGGGGUGAGGCGGAGGCGGUGGGGGAAGUUUGCGGCGGAGAUAAGGGACCCGAAGCGGAGGGGGUUAAGGAUAUGGCUGGGGACGUACGAGAAGGCGGAGGAUGCGGCGGUGGCUUACGACCGUGCGGCGUAUAAGAUGCGCGGGUCACGGGCGGUCCUAAAUUUCCCGCACCUUAUCGGCAGCCCCGACGCACCGGAUCCGGUCAGAGUGAAGCCUAGGAAACGGCAGCAAACAUCGCCGGAGCCUCUCCCCAGUUCGCCGUCGUCUUCCGUCGACGGCGAGUCUCCGAAAAGGAGAAAGAUUGAGUUAAUAAAUGCCGUAGCCAAAACCAAUCUCAUGAACGCUAUCUCUGGAAUCCAAUUUCGACCAACACUUCAAUUGGUACUCAGAUAAUAAACAAAACCCAAGAAAAGCUCAGGGAUUAAUUUUGCCCAGAAAUUUGGCCUUUUGUAGGCAUGAAAUCCAACUCCGAUACCGUACGUCCACUUAUAACUUUAAACAAAUUUUAAUUACUGUCAUUAAUAUCUAUUAGAAAUAUUUCCCCAGCAAAAGUUGUGAUGGCUUUAAGUCGAUCCAUCUUGUUGGUUGUAAUUAUUGAAUGCGUUGAUAGUAAUUAUUUUUGUUUAAUUGUUCUCAAUCAAAAUGCAGUGAUCAGUUC